AGAUAAUAAUCCAAUUUUGAAAAAAACAGUCACCCAUAAGCAUAUAUAAAGGUAACGAUAUUUAUUUUUGAUCAAGUUUUAUUUAAUUGACGACCAAAUUACCAAAAAUAAAUAUGAAAGUUUUCUGCACUUCUGCAAUUAUUUGUUCUCUUCUUAUUUUAGUUGAGUGCCACCUCGAAUCUAAGCACAACCCAAAUGGACCCGUCUAUGACGGCCUUUACUCUGUGCUCGAGGAGGCAGCAAAACACACCCAAAUGUUCGCCAACGAUCUAACACACCGAAUGAAUCAAACCUUUGUUGCAAUCAAGGAAAAAGUUGAACAAUGGAAGAACAAUAACGCUUUUACCAAACAACUGGAAUCCUUUCAAGCCGAAGGAAAUCAUUGCAUCAAAGAAAAUGAAUUAGUUUUGGCUCAAUUCACGAGAAACCUUGUUAAAACCUACGAUUCGUGCUCUCAAGAAGUGAAACAACUUGUAUCUGAUAAUCUGACAUCUAUGAAGGAUUCAGUGUCAUUAAUUAAGAAUGCUCCUCGUAAAGUUGAGGACAUAUCUUAUGAAUGCUUCUCCCAGAAGGAAAUAGAUUUAGCAGCAAGUUCACUCUGUGUGGUGACACGUAUUGCUGAAAUACAGUUUUUAACUGCGGAAGCCAAUCUUUUAGUUGAGAAAUUCAUCAAUCAUGGAUUGGAAGAAGUUGAAAUGUAUGCUGCAAAAACUUGCAAGGGGAUCCAGGACCUCGACAAAGAGUUUGUAGAAGUUUAUAAUAAGAUUCGUACUUGUAUUAAAAAUUACAAACAAUAAAUAUAAUUCAUUUUUUAUUGUA